GCUCGAGCACUCCAUUUGGUUGUCAUUUUCCACUGCUCCAGAGGAGCAGAGCUCGUGCAGCAUCAGCUCAGCUCGUGUCCCGACCGCAACAAGCUUCACAUGGAGGCUCAGAACCAAGAGGUCGCUGCCCUGGUCCAGAAGAUCGCCGGCCUCCACGCCGCCAUCUCCAAGCUGCCGUCGCUGAGCCCGUCCGCCGACGUGGACGCGCUGUUCACCGACCUCGUCACGGCGUGCGUCCCGGCGAGCCCCGUCGACGUGGCCAAGCUCGGCCCGGAGGCGCAGAGGAUGCGGGAGGAGCUCAUCCGCCUCUGCUCCGCCGCCGAGGGGCAGCUCGAGGCGCACUACUCCGACGUGCUCGCCGCCUUCGACAACCCGCUCGACCACGUCGGCCGCUUCCCGUACUACGGCAACUACGUCAAACUGAGCAAGCUGGAGUACGAGCUCCUGGUCCGCUACGUCCCCGGCAUUGCUCCCAUCCGCGUCGCCUUCGUCGGGUCGGGCCCUCUGCCGUUCAGCUCCCUCGUGCUCGCCGCGCACCACCUUCCGAACACGCUGUUCGACAACUACGACCUGUGCGGCGCGGCCAACGAGCGGGCGAAGAGGCUGUUCCGCGCCGACAAGGACCUGGGCGCGCGCAUGGCGUUCCGCACGGCCGACGUGGCCAGCCUGACGGAGGAGCUCGGCGCGUACGACGUCGUCUUCCUGGCGGCGCUCGUCGGCAUGGCGGCCGAGGAGAAGGCCGGGGUGAUCGCGCACCUGGGCGCGCACAUGGCGGACGGCGCGGCGCUCGUCGUGCGCAGCGCGCACGGGGCGCGCGGCUUCCUGUACCCCAUCGUCGACAUCGAGGACAUCAGGCGCGGUGGGUUCGACGUGCUGGCCGUGUACCAUCCCGACGACGAGGUGAUCAACUCAGUCAUCGUCGCUCGUAAGGCUGACCCGCGUCGCGUCGGCGGGCUCCAGAGCGAACUCGCCGACGCACGCGGCGCGGCGCCCGUGGUGAGCCCGCCGUGCAAGUGCUGCAAGAUGGAGGCGGCCGGCGGCGCGCUUCAGAAGGCGGAAGAGUUUGCCGCCAAGGAGCUGUCCGUCUAAUCUAGCCAUGAUAUAAGCCAUCUAUAAUGGUGUCGCAAGCUAUUCGGUGAGGGUAUAUAUGCAUGGUUCCUAGUGCCGUUCGACGACCUCCACAUGUGUCUCGCUGUAUGUGACGUCGGUCGGUCAUCGACCGGCCGGAACAUUCUUCUUCUUCCUGCUGUUGUCCUCGUCUGACGUUCUUCUUGUUGUUGUGUGGAUGAUCAUUGGCAUCCGUGCCGAUGUAUCCCGUGUUUCGGUGCAACUCUAAUGGUAAUGGACAGCGAGAGAGGACGGUGUUGCAAGCAAGAGCAGGUCCCUGUCGCUGUCUAAAACAAAAUAAAGGCUUGUGAGCAUGUGAUUUUUCUUCAA